AAGCGGCUACAACCAUAUCAAGCCCCUCUUUCUUUCCCCCUCCCAGCAUUUCUUCUUCAUGGCAUCCAAGGAUUGCACACACUUUAAGCAAUCUUCCAAGAAGAAGAGAUCAAUGAAGUCGACAGAAUCGAUGACUGUUGAUAAGGGAAAAGCCUACAGGCACCCAACAUACAGGGGAGUAAGGAUGCGCAGCUGGGGCAAAUGGGUGUCAGAAAUACGCGAGCCGAGGAAGAAUUCAAGAAUUUGGCUUGGAACAUACCCUAAUGCGGAAAUGGCAGCUCGUGCGCAUGAUGUUGCUUCUAUGGCAAUUAAAGGUCGCUCUCCCUACUUAAAUUUUCCAGAAUUGGCUCACACUCUUCCUCGUCCAGCUAGUGCCUCGCGCAAGGACAUCCAGGAGGCAGCUAAUAAAGCGGCGUGUCAAUAUGUAAGAUUCGAACCUAAAACCCUUUUAGAACAGAAUGAAACCAUGGAUCCUCACUCUCCAAGUAUCACCAUGACCUCAAAUGAAACUCAAGAUUCCCCAUCUUGUCAAUCUGUAGAGAGUGACAGCAUGUGGUUUGACCUCCCUGAUCUCUCUCUAGAAUCCAACUCAAAUCAAAGGUUUGGUAAUAGUUUUUGGUGGCAACAAAAUGGAGUCGACUCUGAAUUCCAUUUCGAGGAAACAUCUUGCUGCUGGGAUCAUUACUAAGGGCUUUGAUUAUUCAUUUCCGCACAAGAAUAAGAUCAUGGUGACCAUGCCUUUGAUAUGUAAAUGUAUAAUUUCUGCAUAUCUUGGAAUAUAAUAUGGAAAAUGUUAAUGUUCCUAGCUUUCUUUUCUCCUAUGACUCACUUUCAUGCAUUCCAAUGCGUUUGGGCAUCUGGGUCUACUUGUAUUUUUUGCCCCAUGUUGCUGGGUUUGAUGAUUUCAUGGGAAUCUUCCAAAAAGAAAAUCUCAUGAUUGAG